UUUGUUGAAUAUAAUUAAUUUGCCGCUACCACGUGAGUAUUGUCGUCUGUCGUAUCGUUCACUCUUCCAAGAGUAAUAACAAAACUAAAAGCUUUUACCAGUCAGCUAUCUGGGGAGCCUAACCAUGUGACUCUAGAGGCAUUUUUUCUUCAAUUUCUAAGAAGAGUGUUUGCAAUUUGUGUUUUGUGUCUUUAAAAGUCUAAAAAUAAUUCGACAAAAAUGGGAACAGGAUCAAAUACCUAUCAACCACCAGAAUGGUUAACAUCGGACUUUCUUCAAGACGUUCUCAAGGAAUACUUCAAAGAUGAUACAAUUCAAGUUCAAAACAUGAUUGUUCGAAGUGCUUGUGAGCCAGGAAAGGUUCAAGGUUUUGCCAGUGAAAUUCAUAGGGCGUCUUUUGACUUGGUUCGAAAUUCUGAACCUGGAAAGUUUUCUGUGAUCAUUAAAGAUCAUCCAAAAGGGUAUACUGGAAUGAUUGCCCAGAAGAGUAAACUCUUCCAUCGUGAAAUUCUCAGUUACAAGGAAAUUCUUCCACGAAUUGAAGAACUUCUAGCAACUAUUGGUGAUAAUACAAAAAUGUCACCAGCUUGUUACUAUACCACCGAAUCACCUGAACCAUUUUUGAUACUCGAAGAUAUGGAAGUUAGUGGAUUUAAGUCUUUUGAAAAGCAACGACUUCUCAAUUUGGAUUAUGUUCUACCGACAAUGGAGAAAAUUGCCAAAAUACAUGCUUGUUCGGCAGUAUUAGCUGCAAAAGAUCCCAAAAUGAUGAAAUUCUUUAACGAACCACCAAUUUCAAGAAAUCCUGAACGGAAAGAAUUUUUGGGAUUUUUUCCAGUAAAUAUUCGUUGUGUUGCUGAAGAAGUUGCUCAAUGGAAGGGUUUUGAAGAAAUCACCGAGAAACUAUUCAAAUUGUCAGAGAAUGUUUUGCAAGAAAGUUUGAAAAUGUACGAUACUCAUGCUAAAGGGUUUCAAGUAUUUAAUAUUUGUGAUUUGUGGAUAAAUAAUUUGAUGUUUAAUUUGGAUGAUAAUUUUGAACCACAAGAUGUUAUUUUGUUAGACUAUCAGCUGGCAUAUUUUGGAUCACCAGCAACUGAUAUAAAUUACUUUUUAUUUGGAUCGAUGAAUGAAAAUGUUCGCAAAGUACAUUUCAAGUUUAUUGUUAGGGAAUAUCAUAGACAUUUGAAGGAGACUUUGGAAAAACUGAAUUAUGGUGGACAAAUUCCAACACUCAAGGAUAUUCAUGUGGAAAUUAUUCGAAAUAGUUUAAUUGGUGUUAUAGCUUCAACUUGUCUUACACCUUUGAUCUUAAUGGAAUCAGAAAGUUGUGGAAAUCUGGAAAACCUAACAAGCCGUACUGAUGAUGGGGACAAAAUGCGUCGUGAAAAUGUUCAAAAUAUAAAAUAUCGAGCAUAUUUGCAGAAAACAUUGAAAGAAUUCGAAUUGAGUGGAUUUUUGGAUGUUUAAAAAAAAAAAUUUGUAACUCAGAAAGAAAAUCAAUAAACAUU